AUGAAUUUAUUAAAAUCUUAUUUUGAAAAGAAAGCUAAUGAAAUUGAACUUAGAAUGACUUUAGAAGAUAGAAUAAAUGAAAUCAUUGAAUUAGAUAAAAAACACCAAAACCUUGAAACAGGUAUUUCUAAAAGAUCAACUCGAUUAAUGGCCAUAAACAUCAUUUUGUUAUGUACUUAUUUUUUUCAAUUAGGAGUCAUUGGAUUUUUAGAUUAUUCAUUUUUAAAUUAUAUUUCGAUUUAUAUCCAUUUAAUGAUUUAUAUAUUAGAAUUUUUGUUAUUAUUUAUAUUGUUAUUUGUAUGUGCAAAGUCAAAUCGAAUAUUUAAAAUGGAAUUUAAGUCAAAAAUUAAUAAUGAAAUUUUAUUACAACAUAAAGUAGAUGAAUUGUCCGAAGAUACUCAUUAUGAGUCAUUAACUAAAAUAAUUAAAAAGUAUUCAGUUAAAGAAAAGAAAAGAAAAUUAGAAAUUGAACAAAAAAUCAAAGAAAAGUUAAUAAGAGAAAGAAAUAGAAUUAAUGAACAAUUAAAAGAUGAAUAUUCAAAAGAGUAUAAUAAAAAAUUACAAGAAAUGAGAAAAAAAGUUGAAGAUGAAAUUCGACCAAAAAUUGAAAAAGAAUUUAGAGAACAAUUAAUUAUUGAACAAGAAAGAUUAAAACAAAAAACAAUGAUUUUAGGAAGAAGAGUUAUUCUUUCUCCUUCAAUAUUAGAAAAAGAAGGAGAGACAACGAAUGAAUACAAAACACCAACAAAAGAAAGUAAUAAUAUAAAAAACAGAACAGAAAAAAGUCAUUCUGUAGAUUUUGCAAUUGUUAAACCAAAAAUAGAACGACUAACAGAAAUAAAAAAAAGAAAUCAAUUAAUUAAAUCAUUACAAUUUGAAAAAGAAUGUAAUAAUGAAAAUGAUGAAAUGUCAAAGAAUUGGAGAUGUUGCAUUUAUUAA